CACCCCGGAAGCCCUAAAGAUGAUCACCAUCGCGGAUGACCUCGUGAGCGGCAUCCAUGACCUUGAAAUGGGGUCACUCGUUCGCUGGUGGAGGUGGGUCGAGACUCCGGCACUCAGGAGGGUCAGGAGAGCCCAUGACGAGAUGUUCAGCUUCGUCCACGCGGCCGUCCAGGAAUCCCAGCUCUCGCUCCAGGCUCGAGGUCCUGACGCCGAGGAGGACUUGAACGUGGUGGAGAAUCUCCUCCUCGACCCCGUCUUGACUUACGAGGACGUCCACGCCUUCCUCAUCGAUGUCUUCUUCGCCGGGAUUGAUACGACUUCCCUCUCCUCCGCCUACGCCAUGAUGAGACUCGCGCAGAACCCAGAAAAGCAAGAAAAAUUACAAGAAGAACUAGACCGAGUUCUGGGAAAUGGCGAGCAAGUCAUCUGUCCUCACCAUAUAAAGGAACUCCGGUACCUUAAGGCCUGUGUGAAGGAGACUUUAAGGAUGGACCCGCCAAUCAUCUGCGUUGUGAGAAAGACCACGAGAGACAUGGUACUGCGCGGCUUCCUGGUGCCAAAAGGGACCAACAUGCAACUCUACACCCGAGCGUCGAGCAUUAGCGAGGACUUUUUCCCGAGGGCGACCCAGUUCCUCCCCGAGCGGUGGCUGAGGGAGUCGGCCUCGAACCCCGUCCAUCCUUACGCCUCCUUGCCCUUUGGAGCAGGAGUCAGAAACUGCGUCGGGAGGAGGUUCGCCGAGCAGGAGGUUUAUAUAUUGUUGGCUCGGAUGUUCCACAAGUACCGACUGGAUUGGCGCUAUGACCCUUUGAACCCGACAUUUAGUAUGCUCAUGAUGCCAGAUAAGCCCCUGAGGUUCACCAUGACGGAGAGACGAUGAGGGGAACCACGGGACUGCUUUUGUUUUCUCUUUUUUUCUCUGGUUUUUAAUACCAAUGCUCUUUCUUAUAGUGUACUGAGACAUUGCAUAUGCAUAUGCAUGUAUUCACAGAAGAAGGCACAAAAAGACACACGCGUACGCACACGCACACAACUAUCAUCCAUAUGUUUUACUUGCAGAGAGAAGCAUUGAAUAGUUAGUAGUCUGAUCAAGUUUAUUGAAUAUAGAACCUUCUUAUGACGUGAAUAUUUGUUCAUUUGCUCAGCGAACUAGGUCAGAGAGUCUGUAUAUGGCAGGUAGUGAUUAAUAAGUGGCUGAGAGGUUAAUAGGUUCUCUGGGAAAUUUUAGUAGAUUGAUAAUACCAAUGAUUUAUUCCAUAUUUCGAUCCAGACAUGGAUCCUGUAUACUGUUUUGGCUCUUUCAUGUAUAGAGAAAGUGAUGUUUGUCUUGUAUUAAUUUUUAUGAUUGUGCAUAUAACGGCAAUAUUUAGUUAUCUUGCUUUAUGAGUACACAAAACGAUUUGAUCUUUUUAAAAUCAAAUAAGGACUACAGGUGUUCCAUUUUUUAUACUUUUGUGUAGAAUUCCUCAAUAAGAAAUAUAUAUUAAGACCAUAUCUCGCUGAAAAAGAAACUGUACCGUUCUUCUAUUGUUUGCUGAUUUAUAAGUAUUUAGCGUGUAAUCUAAUGAAGUAAAGCAGUAAUAAGGAUAUGAUCCCUGAAGAGGAUUCUCGACCUACUUGAAGCGUCAAGGUUUAGGGUUUACAUCAUUACUGUGCAGCUUUGUACACGUUACUGUAUUUGUGUUCAUAUAAUGUUAUAUGAUUACGUGGUUCUUAAUCCCCCAUAUGUAAAUGUCUAUGUUGCACAGAUAUAUCUACAUGCCGGCUAUGUACUAUAUAUAUAUGUAGACGUAUAAUUAAGAAUUGUAAUAGCAUAGGUUUAUAUUGUAUCACACUAAAUGUAAGGUAACUAUUGUCAUGAUAAAUAUGAUGACCAUAAGGAUAUUAACUAUUAGAGUUAAUAAUGAUACUGCAGAUUCAUGACACAGAAUUUUGUCCUUGAAACGCAAAAUAGGAAUAUAGAUAAAUAUGGGCAUGGGAUAGACACCCAUGAUUAUUACAUCAAUUUACCUACAUCAAGGUGAUAUGAAACAACCUAAUAAGCAUGAUGUCAUUUGUUUUAGAUUGGUGAAAGAGAUAGGAGAGAAUAAAUAUAAUUUGGAAA